AUGUUUCUUCGCUUCUUCAUAGUGCUCGCUGCCGAUGCCAUCAUUUCAAGCGUCAAUACCGCUCUGGGGUCUCCGAACGCUACAGUACUCUCCACCCUCUCCCCAGCAGCAGCACCUCGUUUGACUUCUGGUAGUCGGCAGAACGACGACACCUCGUCGCAGUUCAUGACAGCCAACGAUACAACGGACGUACACACCGAAGAGAGAUUGGGGCCAUCAGCUUCUCUUGUUCAGAAGGCAAAGAGCUUGCUCGUCGACGACGUUUUCCAGAAACUGAGUGUUUUUCCUGCGAAGGACAGACUCUUCGAAAGCCCGCAGCUUGUUUGGCACUACACUGACGAAGGGCUGCUGGACAUGAUCGAAACGGCGAUGAAGAAUCCAAGUACUGCGACAAUCGCCAAGAAACUGCAGACGGAGGCUGCGAUGAAGGACAAGUAUCGAACGGUGUGGACUUCGAACAAUGCUUUUGCUGAGCAGAAAAUAAGCAAGGCGACGGACAACCUUCUCACCAGCGGUCAUUUCCAACUCUGGAGAAAGUACCUCGACCGAUUUAACCAGAUGCACCCCAAACAGAAAACCACUGUCAUCGACAUCCUGCUGGGCUACUACACGGACGAAGCGCUGGCUCAAAUGCUGAGCUUGGCGAAGAAGAACCCGAGUACGGAGAAGCUGAAAGACCCGACAGAAGUCUCCAAGCUGCUGAACGCGGGUACGUCUGAUGCGCUCUUGCAAACGUACGUCAGCAAGUACAACUGGGCGGUGAACAGCGCGGGGAUAAACUCUUUCGACAAGCCGCAGCUAGAAACGUGGCUCGAGUACGUCGACUUCUUCAAGACGAAGCACCCUGGAACGCAAGAGUCGACGAACACGAUCUUGACAGCACGCUAUGGAGACGAAGCUCUGGCGAAGAUGAUUAUUGAGUUAAAGGCGAAACCCGACACAGCGAAACUCGCAAAAGAAAUGGAAACGGAGCUGAUGAAAGGGUGGAUGAGCAGUCAGACGUCACCCCAUCUCCUGUUCGAGUUGCUGGAUUUGAAAGGGGCAGGCGACGAUCUCUUAGCGGAUCCACUUUUUAGCAUUUGGGUCUCCUACCAGACGCGUUUCGGCGGAAAGAACCCGCAGCAGAAGACAUCUUUGUUUGAGGCAUUGAUGGAGGAAUUCGACGAUGAUGCUCUCACCAAGAUUAUCAUCGUCGGCAAGAGUUACUCGAAAACAUCGCAAAGAGCCAAGGCACUAAAGAAGACCCAACUUUCGAAGUGGCUGGAAGAAAAACAAGCUCCGAACACUGUAUACAAGUGGCUGAAGGUAAAGGGAACAGCGGCAAACAGUGUGGAAAGACUGAGUUACCUUAAGUACUGGAAGGACUACAAAGCGAAGCAUGGAUAG